AGCCACGAGCACGGCCCUCGGCCCGGCGCCAGCCCCGCCAGCGGCCGGUGUGCGGCGGUGCGCGGCUCCCGCAGAGAUCCGCGCGCUGGGAGGGCCCCCGUGAGUCACUGUGAGUCGUCGCAAACGCCGAGAGGAAAUCGGCGCAGGGUGGGGCGCGUUCCAGGCUGAGCUCGAGCGCUCCGCUCGCGCCGCGGUGUCCCUGCGCUCACCCCGGCUCCGGUCCUCCGGCCGGUGCCACCUGGUCUGCGCCCUUGGCGGUGGCUUCCGCGCUCGCCGGGGCCUCCAGCCGAGAGAGUUAACCCGCCGCGGUUAGGAGGAGCCCGGAGAGGAAGGAAGAACCUCGCCGUCGUUCUUAAAGUUUUUUUCCUUCCCCUCUUCCCUGCAGUGAGUUCGGGGAGGCGGCGGCGCUGACUGCCCGGAGCCGGGGCUCCGCGCCUCUGCUGCCCGAGCUGCCGCCCGGCUGCCGGGGCGUAGGGACAGCUGUCACGCUCCCCCUCUCCGUGGACUCUUUCCGAGAGGGUGUCCCGAGCCAUGGAGGGCGCAGAGCUGGUCGGGAAGAUCCUGUCCACCUGGCUAACGCUGGUGCUCGGCCUCAUCCUCCUGCCUUCCGCCUUCGGGGUGUCUCUGGGCAUCUCCGAGAUCUACAUGAAGAUCCUGGUGAAAACUUUAGAGUGGGCCACAAUACGAAUUGAAAAAGGAGUCCCAAAGGAGUCAGUUCUGAAAAACACAGCUUUUGGUGGUAUUAUCCAAAGAGAUGAGUCACCCAUGGAAAAAGGGCUCUCCGGUCUUCGAGGAAGGGACUUUGAGCUGUCUGAUGUCUUUUAUUUCUCCAAGAAGGGAUUGGAAGCCAUUGUGGAAGAUGAGGUGACUCAGAGGUUCUCCUCAGAGGAGCUAGUGUCAUGGAAUCUCCUUACAAGGACCAAUAUAAAUUUCCAGUACAUCAGUCUGCGACUCACCUUGGUGUGGGUGCUGGGCGUCAUCGUACGCUACUGUGUCCUUCUGCCCCUGAGGAUUACCUUGGCUUUCAUUGGAAUCAGUUUGUUGGUCAUGGGAACCACACUGGUCGGGCAGCUGCCAGACAGCAGCCUCAAAAACUGGCUGAGUGAACUGGUCCACCUGACUUGCUGCCGGAUCUGUGUGCGGGCUCUCUCUGGAACCAUUCACUAUCAUAACAAGCAGUAUCGACCUCAGAAGGGAGGCAUUUGUGUGGCCAACCAUACCUCCCCAAUAGAUGUUCUGAUCUUGACCACAGAUGGGUGCUAUGCUAUGGUUGGCCAAGUUCAUGGUGGAUUGAUGGGAAUCAUCCAGAGAGCUAUGGUCAAGGCUUGUCCACAUGUCUGGUUUGAACGCUCAGAAAUGAAGGAUCGACACCUGGUUACUAAAAGACUACAAGAACACAUUGCUGAUAAGAAAAAAUUACCCAUAUUAAUCUUUCCUGAAGGAACUUGUAUCAACAACACUUCAGUCAUGAUGUUUAAAAAGGGAAGCUUCGAAAUUGGAGGAACCAUACAUCCUGUUGCAAUUAAGUAUAACCCUCAGUUUGGUGAUGCAUUUUGGAACAGCAGUAAAUAUAAUAUGGUAAGCUACCUGCUUCGAAUGAUGACCAGCUGGGCCAUCGUCUGUGACGUGUGGUACAUGCCCCCCAUGACCAGAGAGGAAGGAGAAGAUGCAGUUCAGUUUGCUAAUAGGGUGAAGUCUGCUAUUGCUGUGCAAGGAGGGUUGACUGAACUUCCCUGGGAUGGAGGCCUAAAGAGAGCAAAGGUGAAGGACACUUUUAAGGAAGAGCAGCAGAAGAAUUACAGCAAGAUGAUUGUGGGCAAUGGAUCUCUCAAUUCAGAAUCGGACUGAAUCAGAAUCUUUGGAGAUCAAAUGUGGCUUCCCAGAAUUAGCCUUUAAAAAUGGAAUGUGUGUGUGUGUGUGUGUGUUCUUCUUCUUCUUCUUCUUUUUUUUUUUUUUUUUUUGAGGCAAGGGAGGCAUUUAUUUGUUUGUUUUAUUGUUUUUUAUUUGUAAUCUCUUCUACCGGAGGAUUGUCUCUACCUCUAUGCCAGGGGCGGGACCCAUGGGCUUUUGUUGUUCUAGCGCUAGCCCCAUGAGUUGUUUAAAUUCAGGGAGUUUACUGAAUUUAAACAGAUUCUGCCUUUUGUGAAAUGAUUGUGUUAUUGUUGAUUGAAAGAAAUAUUUAUACAGAAAAAUGUACUUCUAAAACACUACUGGAACUUACUGUUUUUGGAACCCAUGGGUAUGUAAUUAUCAAGAAAAAAACAAUUCCCAAACUCUCCUUUCCCAGUUCUCUUUCUCACUCCCUUUCCUCCUACCCCCUCCAAUCACUUGGGGUGUGGUGUGGGUGACAUCCAAGCUCACGGUUAAGGUCACGGUUCUGAUCUAGUGCAAGGUUGAAAGGAGGAAUAAAGGUUGCUAUUUAGGAGAAAGGACAACUUUGUGAUCUCUUGAUAAGAGUUGAAAGAAACUGUCAAUAUUUUUUCUUAGAGUGUUAGAUGAGAACAGUUGUUUGGUGAACUUUACCCAACUGAAGUAAGCCCAAGUGUGUGUAUGCAUUUAUACACAGGCAACUUUCGAACACACACUUUAGCCGUAACAUGUGCUGAAGUUUUUCAUUUUCCUUGUUUGUAUAUUGAAGAUCUAUAACUAGUGUCUCCCUGUCUGCUUCUUUGUUUGAAUUUGUAAUCAUAUUUGCAAAUAGGAGGAGCCUUUUACAACAGCAACAACAAUCACGUGAUGAUCUCCAGCAGGAGCAGGUAAAAGCGUGCAGCCCUCCACCCCUUUGCGGUUUAUUUCAGAACUUUCCCAGUUCUUAAACAGAAAAAUGAGUGGCAAAAUUACCUUUUGGGAAAUGAGCCUUUAAUUUUUUAAAGGGGAAAUAAGUGUUUCCCAACUUACACAGAUAAGCAAUGUUUGAUAGCAAUAUAAUGCCAUCGUCAACGUUGAAAGCAUUCUCUCUCUUCUGGUAACCAUGUACAGAAUGUGAAACUGUCUUAUGGUGAAUAUAAAUAAAUUCUAUAUUUUUAAAUGUGUUUGGCAUUGUUUUUUCCUCUCACCUCU